CCAAAUCAAAUAUGGCAGCUGCCGUUGCUUCGUGGAUGUCGCUGUAGCGCUGUAGCGUUGCUUCGACGGAGCUCGAGCUGAUUCUCUCGGCAGAUUUUCGUGUUCUGCCGAGGGGUUCACGAUGGUCGUCAACACGGACAACUCAAUCUCAACGAAGCUAGGCGAUUCCAUACAGGACUACGAAGUGUUCAACUUCCUGGGAAAGGGCGGUUUCGCUCAGGUCUACCGCGCUCGGUCCAAGAACUGCGGACUUGAAGUAGCCAUCAAGAUGGUGGACAAAUCGGCCCUGAAGCGCAUGGGCGUGAGCAGCACCCGUGUGCAGCAAGAAGUCGCCAUUCACUCGAGACUCAAGCACCCCUCCGUUGUCGAGCUCUUCAACUACUUCGAGGACCGCGAGUAUGUCUACCUGGUGAUCGAGUACUGCGAGGGUGGCGAGCUCCAGGGCUACCUCCGGGCGAGGGGCGGCCCCCUCACCGAACCCGAGGCCAGCCGGCUCCUGGGGGAAAUCGUCUCCGGCAUCCUCUACCUCCACUCCCACUGCAUCCUGCACCGAGACCUGAGCCUGUCCAACCUGCUGCUGACGCGGGACCUUCACGUGAAAAUUGCAGAUUUUGGGCUGGCCACACAACUCAAGGGUCCCUGGGAACGUCACACCACGAUGUGUGGCACGCCAAACUUCAUGUCUCCCGAGGUAGCCUCUCGGGACCCCCACGGACUGGAGGCGGAUGUCUGGAGCCUCGGAGUGAUGCUGCACACAUUCCUGCUGGGGCGGCCUCCGGCACAGGGCUGCUCCUUCGAAGUGCCGGCCGGACUCUCGAGCCAGGCGAGGCUACUCCUGGUUCAGCUGUUGCAGAGGGAUCCGAGGCAGAGGAUACCCCUGCGCCGCAUUCCCGAACAGGCCUUCAUGUGCCAGGCGGGAUGCCCUCUGAGGCCCCUGCCUUCGAGCCUCGGACCUCCCAAGGCUCCCCUCAACACCACGGGCUUGCGACCAGCUAGCCUCUGGGCACGCAACAUGCGGACACUGUACGAAAUGCAAUUUAGACCUGUGUAG